UCCACCGAGCAAGCGAGAGGUCAGCCGGGAGCCGAGCCGCGCGUCCUGUCCCCAGGCCGACGCCAGCACGCCGGCAUGGCCCCCACAGCGGCAUCGAGUGGCAGCACCCUGCCCAGCGGCUUCGCUGUCUUCACCACCUUCCCCGACUUGCUGUUCAUCUUCGAGUUUGUCUUUGGGGGCCUGGUGUGGAUCCUCAUCGCCUCGUCCCUGGUGCCCUUCCCCCUUGCCCAGGGCUGGGUGAUGUUCGUGUCUGUGUUCUGUUUCAUCAGCACCACUGCCCUGCUCUUCCUCUACAUAAUUGGCGCCCAUGGUGGGGAGACUUCCUGGGUCACCCUGGAUGCAGCCUACCACUGUACUGCUGCCCUGUUUUACCUCAGCGCCUCUGUCCUGGAAGCUUUGACCACCAUUUUCAUGAGAAAUGGCAUCACAUACAAACAUUACCAUGAAAACAUCUCUGCUGUGGUGUUUUCCUAUGUAGCCACUUUGCUGUACGUGGUCCAUGCUGUAUUUUCUUUGAUCAGAUGGAAGUCUUCGUAAAGCAAUAGAGCAACUUUAGCUGAAAACCCAGACGAUGGUAACUGAUCGGCCUGCCUUCCAGCAUAACUUUUUAGAAUGCAGAAAUGCUCUCAAUGGUGG